AUGCAACAAUCACCAUCGCUUCUCUUCGAUUCUUUGCCUGUGGGAUUUACAAAUCAUUACAACCAAAACAACAAUAUAAACAUACAUCACCAACUGAAUCUGGUUCCAAAUGAUGAGAAUGGUCAAAUGAAUAGGUCUCCAACUCCAAGAGAUGAUCAAUUGAAUCAACUGUUUCCAAAUGCCGCUGCUACAUCCCCUGAUCAAGGAAAAUUCAACAUCAACAACAACAACAACAACAAUAACAACACCAUGGUUACAUCUCCAAUACAAGCUCAAGCAAUGGAUAAUGGAAAUUCCCAUUUUACUUUAGAUUCAGCAACAAAAUCAGAUUUACUCAAUUCAGAUCAACUGUUGGAUUUAUAUCAUAUUACAAAGAUCAAUUAUUUAGACGCCCAGGAUAGAUUGGUUAAAGAAGGAUUUCAAUCAAGAGAAAUUUAUCAGGAAUUAGAUUAUGUUCAAAAACAAUUAAGUUAUAAAUGUGAACAAUACUUUAAUCAACUAUUAGAUGCUGCUAGAGUUGAUCCAGAUAUCUUUAAGAAAUUAAGGGAUCUUGCAGACACCAAGAAGAAUCCACCAACUGUUAAGAAAACAAUUACUGUUAUUGAACAAAGAAAAAGUGCAGAUUCAGAUUCAGGAUCAGAUCAAGAAUCAGAAUCAGAAUCAGAUAUAGAAUUGAUUGGUUAUGGAAGUUCAGCUGAUGAUGUUUUCAAAGUAUCAGAUUUUGAAGAACCAAAAGUUAUUGCUAAUGCAGAUUCAGAUAAGGCUAAAGAUGUUGAAGAAACCAAGACCAACAAAGAAAAUACAAGAAAUUUAACCGCUGAAUCAGAUGAUGAACCUAGACUGAAUAUAACAAAACAAUUUGAAGAACUAGAAGUCAAUUUUAAAGAUAUUAUCUCUAAGGUGAACAAUAAUAAUAUGGAUAGAAAUGAAGCUUGUAAUUUAUUCAAACAAAGUUUACCAAUUCUGAAAUUUUUCAAAGAUCCAAAUAGAUUAUUUGGUUUGAUUAAAUCGUCAAUAUUAGAAAUUUCAAAAGAUACAUAUGGUACGGAUUAUGAUAUAAGAUAUGAUCUUACAGAUAAUUUAGUUAAAAGUUUAUCCAAAGAUGUUGAAUUAUUCAAUUUGUUAUCAAAAGAUACAAAACUUCUUAAAAGAGUUGCAAAUUGGUUAAGAUAUGAUCUGAGUAAAGAUAAUACAAAAAACAUUGAAAGCUGCUACUUAUUCAUUGAAAAUUUACGUCUUACUUUAACAAAACUUGAGGAAAUAAAAUUAGAUAGUGUCAUGUCAUAUACCGUCAAGAAUAAACCGGGAUUUAAAGUGAUUUGUGAUAGAAUAUUUGAUCAAGGCGCUAAAUUAGAAGGAAGAGUAUUAAAAUCAAAAGAGUCUUCACCUGUUACUGCCGCUAAUACAACAAACAAUACAAAAAUUCCAUCAACUCCUGCUCCUUCAACACAACAACAACAAUCACAACCACCACAACAACAAUCAAGAUCAGUACCACCACCUCCACCUACAUCAUCUUCAUUUUCCAGAUCAGGUAAACCUGAAGUCAAAGCAAAGAAACCUACUGUCACAAAUAGUGCGUUUAGUAGACGCCCAAAUUCUGCAAAUAAUGAUACAGCAAAUGUUAACCAAGCUCCAAAACCUACCAUAGUUAAUAAUGGUGUCUUACCUACUGCAAGACCUACACCUUUUAAAUCCACUGCUGCUACCACUUCCACUAAUACCAGCACGGCAUCAUCUUCAACCUCUGCUGCGGAAAAACAAUCAGAAGCACCAUCAAAGAAAUGGUCACUUCACAAAUAUAUCAAUAAUGGUAAAAGAAAAGUUUCUGGAUCAGAAGCAUCAGGUAAACCUAAUACUGCUACUACUCCAGGAUCAACAUCAAAACCUGGUAAAAAAUCCACAGGUAUUUUAUUGACUUUAUCAGAUGAAGAAAGAAGAAAUAGAAGAAAGAAAACUGUUAGAUUCUCCGGUAAUUUGACACAAGUUAAAGAAUUUGAAUCUGAUGUUAUACAUCAAUUUUCUGGUGUAAACAGAGCUAAAGCCAUGGAAAAUUCUGAAGCACAGGCCUUAAAAGCACAAAAAGAAGCCGAUGAAGAAAAUUCAAAUCAAAAAGGUCCAAAUAGUAGAUCAAAUGAAAAGCUCAGUAUAAGUCAUGGUGAUGUUGAAGAGUUUGUUAUAAGUCCUUGGAAUACCCUUAGAUCGAUGGAACUUGUUGAAGAUUGUGAUGAAUCAGCAGUUACAAGAGGUGGGUUACGUGAAGUUGAAGCAUAUAUUGAUCCAAAAGUGCCAGAUCUGUCUGGAAAACCUGCUUCUCAAACUUAUUCACCAUACGAGCCAAAGGGUCUGAUUGUUGAAGAAAUAGAUGAUGAUUAUGAGAUUCCAGAUGUUUCAAUCGAUGAACCAACAAAUAUCGUCGAUAAUGCUGCUAAUUCAAAACUGGAUCCUACAGAUAUCAAUGAUAAUAUUGAAAAUACUCAUGGUUUUGACGAUUCACCAAAUGAAGAUAAAAAUGUUAAUCAUGACCCUGAAGUUUUGAAUUUACUUGAUGAUGAUGAUAUGCUGGAUUAUUAUGAGAAUAAUGCCGAAGAUGAUAAAGAUGCUUCUACAGGAUCUGAUACUAGAGAUAAGAGAGACGAGAAAGUGAUGAACAAUGCUCAAAUUGAAAACCCAAAUGAUUCCACUAAUGAACUAAAUGCAAAUGUUGAUAAUAAAGAUAAUCAAGCUGCUACUGGAACUGCACAAGCACCAACACAAUCUCUUUCAACAGAUCAUAAACAUCAAAAACUUUUUGAAUCGCUAAAAAAAUUACAAUCAUUAACUUCUCCACCUCCACAAGAAAUUUCUAAUUCAACAGCACCACAAAAUACUCAAACUACUCAAAAUGAUACCGAUCAACAAAGUGAAUCUCCUGAAUUACGUCAAUCUAUAACAAUUGCAGAUCUUAUGUCAAGAUCCAAACCUAUUUCAAAACCUCGUACAUUGAUUUCAGAUGAUUCUGUAAAUGGUACUGAAAACUUCAAUAGUGGUUCCAAUACUAAUGAUGGUCUUUUACCUUCAGCUACUUUUGCAAAUGGUAAUUCUACAACUAACAAAAAUGAUGUUCCAACUGGGCCUAGUUCAAAACGCUCAGAUGGUCCAACUAGAGUAUUUAAAAUUAAAGGUGCUGCUUUCAGAGAAGACUCACAAUCACCACCUGCAGGUCCUACUUCUUCAAGAUCUGAUGUUUGGGUGAAUACCAAUAAACGUCCUUUGGAGAAGGAUUCUCAUUUAGAUCAUACUAGAAAAUUAUCAUCAUCACAAAAAGAUCAUAAAGAUCGCUAUGAACCUUCAACUUCAGUUCAUUAUUCCAAUGAAAAUUUACCGAUAAAUGGAUUCACACAUGCUGCUCAAAAUGGAACAUCAAGAGAUAGAAGAACCAGUGCAGAUGAAUUGUUUCCAAGAAAGUCCACACCUCCACCAUUUGAAAAUAGAUCAACCAACGAUAAAGAAGAAUUAUUUCCAUCAACUCGUGGUAAAAUUUUACCAACAUCACCAAAAGCAAGAGAAUAUCCUUCAAGAGGUGCAGGUAGAUCAUCAAUCCAUAGAUCCUCAACUUCAGGUACAUCAACAAGUCCAAUAAAUCACAGAGAAUCAGGUGAACAUCAUCCAAGCACAAAUGAAAGAUCCAGAGAUGUUCAAGCAAGAGAAUAUCCUUCAAGAGGUGGCAGACCAUCAAUCCAUAGAUCUUCAACUUCAGGUACUUCAACAGGUCCAAUCAAUCACAGAGAAUUGGGCGAGUCUCACCCAAGUGCAAAGGAGACAAUUUUUGACAAGAGAUUGAGAGAUGUCCGUUAUCAUGUUAAAACAUAUACAAAAAUGAACAAAUAUACUCAAGUUUGUAAAUUUUUUCCAAAGUGUGAUUUUGGAGAAGGCUGUCAUUAUCUACAUUUGAAUGAAUAUUCACCAAAGCAUCUUAGAUAUGAAACAUAUCGCCCUUAA